GCUACUGCAGCACUGUGUGAUUAAGCUGCGGUAAGGAUGAGUUCAGAAGACAUGAAGGUGAAAAAGGAGGUACAAAAGGCUACAAUGAAGAUAGCAAUUGGUGGUGGUUUAGGAGGAAUUACAAAGGAUGCUAAGAAGACGGAGAUUGAAGCUAGAGCAAAGUUAUUGGAGGCUGAGGUGUUGGUGAAGAAAAGGGAGUGUGAUUUAGUAAAGGAGAAGGAGGAAAUUUCUAUCACCACCCCAGCUGGUCCUGCAGCUGUUAUUGCUAAUUUCGGUAACUGCGUCAACUACGCCCACAUGGGCGAAGGAGAAGGGUACCGGGAAAGUGAUUGGGACUGGAGUCAGGUGUGAUGGGUUGUGGUUUAUCAAUCAUGAGGAGACAGCACUGACAACAGCUGUUGAAGAAGAUGUGAAGGAAAUCCUGCUACUUCAUCAUCGGUUAGGACAUGUGCCUUUUGAGAGCUUGAGCAGAUUACACCCCGAUGCUUUUAAGAAGGUAGACAGAAGUAAGCUUCUAUGUGAUAUAUGUGAACUUGGCAAGCAUACAAGAUCAAUUUAUCCUAACAUUGGUCUUCGUAGUUUUGAACCCUUUAUAUUGAUACACUAUGAUGUUUGGGGUCUCUGUUCAGUCACAUCUGUAAGUGGAUUCAAGGGAUUUGUUACCUUUAUUGACUGUUAUACCCGAA